UCGUGAAGGUAUUAUAAUAGCCGGUCUUCGUGCUGAUUGGGCGCUCAGGUUGGUGAGUGAACGCCCUGCAGAUUAUGUCAGAUUGCGUGCAGAAACCAAACCAGCCCAGCCUUUGAACUUCACCGCUUUUGGCUCGUAUUCACGCUCUUCCGCUCAUUUCCAAGCCAGGUGCUUGACGACAAACCUCAGAGAGAGAGAGGGAGAGUGUGUCGCAGAAAAAAAAAUAACACUUUUACGACUCCUGCAAACUGACUGCGGAACAUUGCUUUCACCUUUGAGGAUUUUUUGUGCGUGCAUCUCGCAUGUAUUUUUUUUCCUGUAUUGCCUGCCUCAGGUCUGAAAGAGAGUUGUAACUGGACUUGAACGAACGCGCAUCAGUGUUUUAACUCGGGAAAAGCAAACCGGGCUCUGGAUUUUUAUUUUAUUCUAUUUUGUUUUUACUGUUUUUCCGACACUCAACAUCCCAGACGUGGCAUGACUGGUAUCUGGCAUCUAGACAGGUGAACAGUUUCCCUUCCUUCCGAUAAGAACUUUUCCUCGUCAUUAACAUUGGGGAUAAAAGCACACUUUUUUAAAGAUGUCAAAGCCUGCUGAUCAUAUCAAGAGACCCAUGAACGCGUUCAUGGUUUGGUCCCGCGGCCAGAGGAGGAAAAUGGCACAGGAGAAUCCCAAAAUGCACAACUCGGAGAUCAGCAAAAGACUGGGCGCCGAGUGGAAGCUGCUUUCAGAGUCUGAAAAGAGACCUUACAUUGACGAGGCCAAGAGGCUGCGGGCUCAGCACAUGAAGGAGCACCCCGACUACAAGUACAGACCCAGGCGCAAACCCAAAAACCUGCUCAAGAAGGACAGGUACGUUUUCCCUUUGCCUUACCUCGGAGACACCGAUCACUUGAAGGGACUUCCCAUGUCGGCCGCGGACUCUCUUUUGGGCCCCUCGGAGAAAGCCAGAGCGUUUCUGCCGCCGACGUCAACUCCUUACUCCUUCCUCGACCCGAGUCAGUUCAGCUCCAGUGCCAUCCAGAAGAUGACAGAGAUGCCCCACACGUUGAGCACCAGCACUUUGCCGUACGCGUCCUCGUUGGGAUACCAGAACGGCGCGUUCGGCACCCUUGGGUGCCCCAGUCAGCACACCCACACCCACCCGUCGCCCACAAACCCGGGCUAUGUCGUCCCGUGUAACUGCACAGCCUGGUCAGCGUCAAGUUUACAGCCCCCGGUGGCCUACAUACUUUUUCCAGGUAUGACCAAGACUGGGAUAGACCCAUAUUCAUCCGCACAUGCCACUGCCAUGUAACCCUCAAGACUCUUUUCUUUUUUAAAUUCACUUGAAUACUGAAAUGCAUGUAAAUAUAUUAUGGACAGCGCGCCCUAUUAAAAAGGCAUGAACAGUAUUAACUGCCUUGGACUUGUUAUGGCAAAAAAAAAAAAGAAACAGAAAAACUUUUCCAGAAAUCCAACAAGUUCCUGAUCUGAGCAAAGGAUUCGGUGUAAAGGACGGUGCCCUGUGAACUGUAAGAAAUGUAAAUGUUAUAACGUUUAUGGCAACCAGAAAAGGAGGCCUUUAACUUUAUUUAUUGUGUACAUUUCUAUGCUGAUAUGCUGAUUUGUGUUAAUUAUUGAUAGGGUACUUUCUUAUUUUGAAAAUUUGGCUUGCACAAUUAGCAUUAUUUCCUGUAUAGGCCUAAGUAGUCUACAUUUUGGCACUCGUAAUUUUAUGAUGUUCUGGAUAGGGUCAAAAUCAGAACCUAUAGGCUGGAUUAUAUACGGGUCAUAUUGUUUAUAUUUAUCAAAAACUGGCACAUAAAACUAGACGGUCUAUUUAAGAUGACAAAAAGAAAAAGAAUCAUUUACAUCCAAAUGUUUAAUUUUGCAUUUUUCCUGUGGUUCAGUGCUAAUAUAGUCACACGCGUCAGUUUAUUUGUUUUUGUUUUUGAGGAUAAGUUAUCUUUGAAUCCAAGGAGUUAUAUGUGUAUUAUCAUCUAAGAUGAUAAUUUAAAAACUGUCAUGUUAUGGAAAGGAUAAUGUAUCUAGAAGGUUGAUACCUCCUGCUCUUUGUUCAAUUGCUGAGCAAAGGCAUUUCGAAUAAAGACAAUCUGUCUUCAACGCUAUCAAUUUCCUGUAUUUGUAGGUUAUUGGGUACUUGAGAUGACAAAGAUAGUGAAAUAUUGUGUAGAGGCUGUGGGGGACUUAAACCGGGCCUAAUUAGAUAGAAUUUAAAUAGUUGAGAAAAUAGAAAAAAAAAUAUAGCCUAUUGCCAUUUAAUAAAUGCCUAGAACAGAAACAACAAUUCACUAAAAAGCGAUUGUAUGAAAAACUUUUUAAUAAAACAAUUGGGAUCAUUUUCUACAUUUUAAAUGUUAGACCCAACUUGACCCCAAACUAAUCAAUGCUGUUGACUGAACAUGAACAAACUCGCCUCGCACUAGAACAACAACAAUCAAUCCUCUUCUUCCAAAUCGAUCCCGUUUCUCGUGUGUGGUUUUUAAGAUGUCAAACUCCUCCACUCUGAUCACUUCCACAGCAAGGCUUAAUUGCCUCCGCGUUUGGCUGCUACUGCUUUUUUUAAAGAAGUGAUCUGAAACAGGUUCCAGGCAUGUUCUGCGGCACAGAGCGGUGAAGGUGUUUUUGUGACACUGGGAUGAACCGGUUGUGAUCUUUUGAUGUUUGACAGCUCAGAGGCCUCCCUGGAGGGAUUCCGCCCGUCCGACUUGUCUGACUGCUUAAUCACUUCAAGGAGGGAGCCUUCUUCUUAAUUAUAGGUUUAACUAAUGGAACAAACUGAAUGUGAGGUGAUUUUUCUCUCUCUCUCUCUCCCUCUCUCUCUCUCUUGUAACUUGCUGGCUGUAAAGCGGCCCACUAAGCUAUAGUGCGGUUUAAAUCUCUCUGCGUGUGUUUACUUCUGAAAAGAAAGGUGCUGCAGCCAAAACCACACUAAAGCCUAUUAUCAUCAAGCCACUCAGUCGUGUUUAAACCUGUAUGAACUUGUAAAUGAUAGGGCUGCCUCUAAUUAAGACAAUACUGAAUGAAAACAGUUUCCAACCGCAAAACAGGAGGAGAUAUACAAACACUGAAAGAUUUCAAUGUGAAUUAGGCGCAGUUUCUUCCCUCCACCCCGCUAAUGGAGAACAGGAUUUGCGGGCCGCGGUGUGUACCCUCGUGUUAGACGACUGUAGUAUUAAUUAAAAAAAUUCAUUCCACAUCCAAAUUGUUUACUUAUCUGCCAGGAACAUAUGCUGAGAGAAGUUAAGAUUCACGAUUCUGCACUAUUGCCCAAGGUGCAAUUCAGUCCUGUGGAGGAAGGGAGGGAAGGAGGGAGGAAGAGGGGAGGAGGACGGGCAGAUUUUUAUGACAGACUUAGUCCUUAUCUAGAGCUGUAAAUUAGGGUGAUACUUCAUUGAACCGAAUGUGAAGUUUUACAUCAAACCCCUAAAGCAUCCUAAUUCAACUUUGAAAUUAGACAAUUAUAAUUACUUUCAGGAGUAACAGCAGACGUGGAUAUUCUUUCUUUCCAUGAUGGAAAUGAGGCGGGCAUCCUUUCAAUAUGUAUGUUGUUUUAAAUCUUAUAUUUUCUGCAUUUUAUUAAAGCAGUUUCAAGUUUUGCCGGAUGCUAUUCACACGCUACCUGUAAUUAUCAAACUUAGUCACGGGAAAUUGACUGUGGUUAAAACGCCUGAAAUAAAUAACCUUAACGAUAAACGGCAUCUGAGAGGUAUAAUGGGAGGGAAAUUAUGAUUUGAAAUUAUAGGGGGGGUUAAAUCUCUUUUUAACUCUUCCCCCCUUGACGUUUUUAUUGGAGCACAACAGAGAGAAUUCAAUCUGCCUUAUCUCUCCAGGACUCCUUUUCAGUGCGAGAUCAGAGAAAAAGGAGAGGAUAAUUGUUCUUUAUUUUAUUUAAUUUAACGCGACAGCCAGCGCUUUCAGGUCAUUUAUAUGCUUCAUUUAGUGAUAAAAGUCAAUGAGAAGGGGGGGCACUGACUGCAGCAAACGCUUUUACUUUUUCCUCCACAACACUUAAAGUCCCAAAAAAAUGUAAAACAGAUGAAACAAAAAUAGCGGAAGAGUGGGAGGGUGGAGGGGGGCAAGACAUUUUUAAUUAAAAGCCAUGGGUCAUUUACAUUAUUGUCUUUUAAUGUUACCCUGAAAUCAUCUUCAGUAAAUGGAGUUUGAUAAGUGGCUGUUGAGAAUGUGGUUUUGUAUUUAGGCGUGCUAAUUUCCUAAAUCAAAAGGAAAAAGUCCUCUCCAGCAGAGGUUUGAAGAAAAAAAAAUACUAUUGAUGAUGACGGUGUCACUGUUGUUUCUUCUCCUGAUGAUAUUAGAGAAAAAGGGACGAUUAUAUGCCAAAUACAGGCUCGCUUAUCAAAGAUGCAUUCAUUUUGGCUUGUGUCAACGCACGAUUUGACACAAAUGUAUAUUGAGACGUUGUAAAAAAAACAACAACAUUAUUUUGGAUGGGUGGGUGGGGUAAAACCCCAUCUAAUUUCAGCAUAUUAAAUAUUGUCUCCGAAAGACCCAAAAGAAAUCAUCACUGGCUAAAUCCUAGUCUAUCUAAAAUUGAAUCUGGGAUACCAUUUUGACGGGAGAAAAAGUAAAACCGUACAGUUGUGUUGUUUGAAGACGCGGGGGCUUGAAUUUGGGGGUCCCUGAAUUCUCAUUUGAAAGAAAUGAAAUCGUGAACGAGCUGAUAAAGAAAAAGGGGAACGGAUGAGCUGAGAGAAAAGGAAUCAUGCCACGGUUGUUUAAUGUGCUGUGCCAGACGGAAAGUGAUUUACACUAAGACUUUAUUCCCCCCGACACAUAUAAAGACAGUGCAUUAUUUAUCGGGCACGCACACACUCACGCAUGCAUGUGGGCCUAUAUGGUCAAUUCUCACUCUGGAGUUCAUCGGAUACAGAUAUGGAAAGCACCAGUAGGAUACUAUUACAUGCUUCAUGCUUCAAGCAAGCUCGCACUCACAUCCUGCAUCCAUCAGAUUCAUUUUCUGCACCGGUCAGUGCGGAAAAGUUCACUCUGCACUUGUUUUAUGACUUUGAACAAAGUUGUUCUUAUGCAAUUUCACUAACUUUUUAUUUCCCAAUUAUACUCAUUCGAUUUUGCAUAUGACAACUCCCAUGAAGCUUUUCAGGCCUUGCAACCUCCCGAGCCUGACGUUGGGUGCUGAUGCUGAUAUUUGCCCGGCCGCUCUGAAAGAACACGAGCAGUGUUGCUCAUCUUAUUAUAUUCAUAUGGCGUUUUGUACGUUACUGAUGCUUACAUGUAUUUACAUACUACAUUAAAACUGCAUAAAUCUUAUAAGUCUUGCACACUUCGUAAAUAUUUAAAUCAGUUCAUUUCCAUUUAAAAUAAUUUAAAGUAACAUUUUUAAUAAAAUGCCAUCACAUGUUGUUAUUGUUAUUUCUUUAUUUAUUUUUGAAGCAGGCAGGCCUAUAAUUUAAGAAAAAUAUUUAAUAUUAUUUAUUAUCUAUCUUGCCCUGUCACUUUGUUACUUUUGUCAUAUUGUUUGAAAAAGUCUUUUUUGUUGUUUUUUCCGUUUGGAAAUGCUUUCUGUCUCUUAUUGAAGCCAGUGGUAACAUGUCAGUUUAAUGUCACUCACUCCAAAGCUUUAGGUUUUAUUAGAAGCCACAUGGGAACCCCACCUCUCCAGCACUUUGAGCAGAAAAAAUCUUCUAAACUAGUGGUUCCACGCUUUUUACCUUAUGACCCCUUAAAACGAAGUAGUCUGUGAGCCCCUAUCACGUGCUGCAAAUGUCAGCGAGUUAUGUUCAGUUCCACCUAAGAGUGGUUUUAUCUUCUCAUGCUGUUUUAUUUGAAUUGUUUCUAUAGAUAGACAUAAGGAUGUAAAAUUAUCCAUUAAGAUUAAAUAAAAGUCAGAAAAAAACACUAAUUUUGUGUAGCGGCAUUUCCUUCUUUCUUAUCUUAACUAUCUUGCGACCCAUCCAAUUUAUCUUGGGAACCAUUAGAGGGGUCCUGACCCGCAGGUUGGGAACCCAUGUUCUAACCACAUAUCCUACAUGUCUUAUACAUUCGGGCAAGAUCAAAACAUUUUUCCACGUGACCUAGCCGCCUCAUUACGCAGCCCUACUUUCUACUUGUAGAUUUCUUUUUCAUUUAGACAGUAUUUCAGUCUCUGAAGUCUCUAAAGCUGCUGAUUCAGAGCGGCUAAGCUUGUCAUCAUGUGCUUCUCCAAAAAUGACCACACACUCAGAGGC